AGGGGCGGGCCCGCCGGCGGGAGUCGGAGCCGCGGGGCGCAGGACGGAGCAAGCCCGAAAUGCCAGGGGCAGAGCACAGAGCGGUGGGAGGAAGGUGGGGCUGAGGGGCGGGGCCACAGAUUCGCCUGAUAGCCUGGGAGGAGGGGUCGAACGUCAAGGGCAGGGCUGGACUCUGAGGCCCGAGGCGAGACUGGAUGACUGGGGCGUGGUCGAGGAACCCCAGGGCGGGGUCCGAGGAGGGGCUCAGCUGUGCCCUGCCAGACAGAGCCCCGCGCGGCGCGGCGGCAGCUUCACUCUGGUUCAAGCGCAGGGGAUCGGCGGGAAGCUCCUUCACCCCCGCUUCUGCCGGGCUGUAACUGCAAUGGAGCAGGUUGAGAUGAGCUCAGUCAGAUGGCCCCACGGCCUGCUCCUUUCUUAGCAGUCCACUAAUGCUCCAGAACCCUCAGGAGAAGAGCCAGGCCUACCCCCGCCGCCGCCGGCCUGGCUGCUACGCAUACCGUCAGAACCCCGAGGCCAUCGCAGCCGCAGCUAUGUACACCUUCCUGCCCGACAACUUCUCGCCUGCCAAGCCCAAGCCUUCCAAAGAGCUGAAGCCGCUGCUGGGCUCCGCGGUCCUGGGGCUGCUGCUUGUGCUGGCCGCGGUGGUGGCCUGGUGCUACUACAGCGUCUCCCUACGCAAGGCGGAGCGACUUCGCGCGGAGCUGCUGGACCUGAAAGCUGGCGGCUUCUCCAUCCGCAACCAGAAGGGAGAGCAGGUCUUCCGCCUGGCCUUCCGCUCCGGCGCGCUGGACCUUGACUCCUGCAGCCGCGAUGGCGCCCUGCUGGGCUGCUCGCUCACGGCCGACGGGCGGCCGCUGCACUUUUUCAUCCAGACUGUGCGGCCCAAGGACACGGUCAUGUGCUACCGCGUGCGCUGGGAGGAGGCAGCGCCGGGCCGGGCCGUGGAGCACGCCAUGUUCUUGGGCGACGCGGCGGCCCACUGGUAUGGUGGCGCUGAGAUGAGGACGCAACACUGGCCCAUCCGCCUGGAUGGCCAGCAGGAGCCCCAGCCGUUCGUCACCAGCGAUGUCUACUCCUCCGACGCCGCGUUUGGGGGCAUCCUCGAGCGCUACUGGCUAUCUUCGCGUGCGGCCGCCAUCAAAGUAAACGACUCAGUGCCCUUCCACCUGGGCUGGAACAGCACGGAGCGCUCGCUGCGGCUUCAGGCGCGCUACCACGACACGCCCUACAAGCCACCCGCCGGCCGCGCCGCAGCGCCAGAGCUGAGCUACCGAGUGUGCGUGGGCUCGGACGUCACCUCCAUCCACAAGUACAUGGUGCGCCGCUACUUCAACAAGCCGUCAAGGGUGCCAGCACCCGAGGCCUUCCGAGACCCCAUUUGGUCCACGUGGGCGCUGUACGGGCGCGCCGUGGACCAGGACAAGGUGCUGCGUUUUGCCCAACAGAUCCGCCAGCACCACUUCAACAGCAGCCACCUGGAAAUCGACGACAUGUACACACCUGCUUAUGGCGACUUCGACUUCGAUGAGGUCAAAUUCCCCAACGCCAGCGACAUGUUCCGCCGCCUGCGCGACGCCGGCUUCCGCGUCACGCUCUGGGUGCAUCCGUUUGUCAACUACAACUCUUCGCUCUUCGGCGAGGGCGUGGAGCGCGAGCUGUUCGUGCGCGAACCCACGGGCCGGUUACCCGCGCUGGUGCGCUGGUGGAACGGCAUCGGCGCGGUGCUCGACUUCACGCACCCAAAGGCCCGCGACUGGUUCCAGGGACACCUGCGGCGGCUGCGCUCUCGCUACUCCGUGGCUUCCUUCAAGUUCGACGCGGGCGAGGUCAGCUACCUGCCGCGGGACUUCAGCACCUACCGGCCGCUGCCGGACCCCAGCGUCUGGAGCCGGCGCUACACUGAGAUGGCGCUGCCCUUCUUCUCGCUGGCCGAGGUGCGCGUGGGCUACCAGUCACAGAACAUCUCCUGCUUCUUCCGCCUGGUGGAUCGCGACUCUGUGUGGGGCUACGACCUGGGGCUGCGCUCACUCAUCCCCGCGGUGCUCACCGUCAGCAUGCUGGGCUACCCAUUCAUUCUACCCGAUAUGGUGGGCGGCAACGCAGUGCCCCAGCGUACAGCCGGCGGCGAUGUGCCCGAGCGCGAGCUCUACAUUCGCUGGCUGGAAGUGGCCGCCUUUAUGCCGGCCAUGCAGUUCUCUAUCCCGCCCUGGCGCUACGACGCGGAAGUGGUGGCCAUCGCGCAGAAGUUCGCCGCCCUGCGGGCCUCGCUUGUGGCACCGCUGUUGCUUGAGCUGGCGGGCGAGAUCACCGACACGGGUGACCCUAUCGUGCGCCCCCUUUGGUGGAUUGCGCCCGGCGACGAGACAGCUCACCGCAUCGACUCGCAGUUCCUUAUUGGGGACACGCUGCUUGUGGCCCCGGUGCUGGAGCCGGGCAAGCAGGAGCGCGACGUCUAUUUGCCCGCCGGCAAGUGGCGCAGCUACAAGGGUGAGCUUUUCGACAAGACGCCGGUGCUGCUCACCGAUUACCCGGUCGACCUGGAUGAGAUCGCCUACUUUACCUGGGCGUCCUGACCCAGCCCAGGGCCCGGUAACCGCAAAGCCCCCAGCUUUCAUGCAGACCUUGAACCCUCCGUCACACCCGCACCAUGUACUCCCAGGAACCUCCACCUCUAUACCACCCAUUAAGUGGCUGCUGACUUAAAUGUGCUGGAACCAGCUGCUGAAGGUGGGGCCUGGGGAGGGGGCACUGAAGCAAUCUCCUGCUCCAACGCACAAUCCUUACUGUGCCCUUUCCACCCCCACACUCACAUCGAUCUGCAGAAACCUCUUCCCUGGGGUGGAAGCCAGAGAGCUUAGAGGAAAAAGGUCAGCUCUGUUCCUGUUAUACAUGGUUGGGGUUUAAAAGCACAGAGAAACCUCUCCAUCCUGGCUUUCGUGGCCAUCUUUGUCCAUCUUGGGUGGGGACUUGAUCUUAUUUAAGGUCUCCAAAUAGCCCCCACCACACUUAGAAAGUGUGCUUUCUUAGUGUUAGAAGCCAGGCCCUGAGUCCCCAGCACUCACCUGAACUGUGGCUGAUUUGGUCCCAGUCCAGCUGGGGAGGUGUUUGGCUAACUGACAAGGAGGCAAGAGAUCCCCUCCCAGGGAACAGGAGGACUGGGCUUAGCACAGAGCCGUCAUCAUGUUCCCUAUUUGUGAAGAGACUCCUAACACUGCACUAACCCAUUUGUGUACAUACAUGGGCUCAGCCCUGGGCCAAAUGUGCCUGAUGGGAACAGACUAGCAGGGCCAUGCAGGCCAGACUUUGUGCCUUAACUCAAGAGUGUGUGUGUGUGUGUGAGAGAGACAGAGAGACAGAGAGAGAGAGAGAGAGAGAGAGAGAGAAACACGCAUCAUGGGUCCCUGAUCUAUGAAAUGAACACAACCUCUCUGAGGCUGGAUAAUCUGGAGGAACGGGGCAUGGAGCAAAUUUGAGGCUCUGAUUGCUGAGCCAGCCUCCUCCCAGGUGGUUCCCCCAGGACUCUAGUAGGAAAUAAAUAGCCCUUUCAAGAUUCUUCAGCUGCCUCACCCCCUGCACAUGUGCCUGGGGUGUGGCCUAGAAGGGAGUGAUGUUCUUACUCUGGUGGUCUGUGCUUCUGAACACAGGCUACAUGCACACACUGACAACUACCAAUAAACAGACGGGAAGGUCUUUCAUCUCAGCCAUUUUCUCUUUUUUUUUUCCCCCCCUAAGAUGGAGUCUUGCUCUGUCACCCAGGUUGGAGUGCAGUGGCACAAUCAGCUUACUGCAACCCCCUGCUCCUAGGUUCAAGCGAUUCUCCUGCCUCAGCAUCCCGAGUAGCUGAGAUUACAGGCAUGCAUCACUAUGCCUGGCUUUUUGUAUUUUUUAGUAGAGAUGGGGUUUCACCAUGUUGGCCAGGCUAGUCUCGAACUCCUGACCUAGUGAUCCACCCACCUUGGCUUCCCAAAGUGUUGGGAUUACAGGCAUGAGCCACCACGCCAGCCAUUUUCUCUUUCUAAGAAGAGCAACCUCAGCCGGAGUGAGUUUUUUCUGACUUCGCAGCUGAGUCUGGAGAAAAGUGGCAUGCCAGAGCGGGUCGGUGGGAAACAGGGUGAACUUUAGCUUCCAUCAACAGCUCUGGUAGCAAAACCAGUCCCCUACCCACUAGAGAAUGCAUCCGUUUCCCCACCUGAUAUGGUUUGGCUGUGUCCCCACCUAAAACUCAUCUUGAAUUGUAGCUCCCAUAAUUGCCAUGUGUUGUGGGAAGGACCCAGUGGGAGAUAAUUGAAAUAUGGGGGCAGUUUCCACCAUACUGUUCUGGUGGUAGCGAAUAGAUCUCAUGAGAUCUGAUGAUUUUAUAAGAGGUUUCCCCUUUUGCUUAGUUCUCAUUCUCUCUUGCCUGCCGCCAUGUAAGACGUGUCUUUCUGUCAUGCUUGUGAGGCCUCCCCAGCCACGUGGAGCUGUGAGUUUAUUAAACCUCUUUUUCUUUAUAAAUUACUCAGUCUUGGUUAUGUCUUUAUCAGCACUGUGAAAAUGAACCUAUACAGUAAAUUGGUACCAGUAGAGUGGGGCACUGCUGUAAAUACCCAAAAAUGUGGAAGCAACUUUGGAACUGGGUAACAGGCAGAGGUUGGAACAGUUUGGAGGGAUCAGAAGACAGGAAAAUGUGGGAAAGUUUGGGACUUCCUAGAGACUUGUUAAAUGGCUUUGACCAAAAUGCUGAUAAUGAUUGGGACAUGAAAUCCAGGCUGAGUUGGUCUCAGAUAGUGAUGAGGAACUUGUUUGGUACUGGAGUAAAGUUGACUCUUGCUAUGUUUUAGCAAAGAGACUGGCUGCAUUUUGCCCCUGCCCUAGAGAUUUGUGGAACUUUGAACUCGAGGGAGAUGAUUUAGGGUAUCUGGCAGAAGAAAUUUCUAAGCAGCAAAGCAUUCAUGAGGUGACUUGGGUGCUGUUAAAAGCAUUCAGUUUUAAAAGGGAAACAGACCAUAAAAGUUUGGAAAAUUUGCAGCCUGAUGAUGAGAUAGAAAAGAAAAACCCAUUUUCUGAGGAUAAAUUCAAGCCCCCUGCAGAAAUUUGCAUAAGUAACAAGGAGCCAAAUGUUAAUCACUAAGACAUGGGGAAAAUGUCUGCAGGGCAUGUCAGAGACCUUUGCAGCAGUGCCUCCCAUCACAGGCCUGGAGGCCUAGGAGGAAAUAAAUGGUUUUGUGGGCCAGGCCCAAGGUCCCCCUGCUGUGUGCAGCCCAGGGACUUGGUACCAUGCAUCCCAGCUGCUCUAGUCAUGGCUAAAAGGGGCCAAGGUACAGCUCAGGCCUUGGCUUCAGAGGGUGCAAGCCCCAAGUCUUGGCAUCUUCCACAUAGUGUUGAGCCUGCAGGUGCACAGAAGUCAAGAACUGAGGUUUGGGAACCUCUGCCUAGAUUUCAGAGAAUGUAUGGAAAUGUAUGGAUGUCCAGGCAGAAGUUUGCUACAGGAGUGAGGCCCUCAUGGAGAACCUCUGUUAAGGCAAUGUGGAAGGGGAAGCCCCCACACAGAGACCCCACUGGGACACUGCCUAGCAGAGCUGUGAGAAGAAGGCCACCAUCCUCCAGACAUCAGAAUGGUAUAUCCACUGACAGCUUGCACCAUGCACCUGGAAAAGUCACAGACACUCAACGCCAGCCUGUAAAAGCAACCAAGAAGUAGGCUGUACCCUGCAAUGCCAUAGGGGUGGAGCUGCCCAAGACCAUGGGAACCCACCUCCUGCAUCAGUGUGACCUGGAUGUGAGACAUGGAGUCAAAGGAGACCAUUUUGGAGCUUUAAGAUUUAACUGCCCUGCUGGAUUUCAGACUUGCAUGGGGCCUUUAGCCCCUUCGUUUUGGCCAACUUCUCCCACUUGAAAUGGGUGUAUUUAGCCAAUGCCUGUACCUCCAUUGUAUCUAGGAAGUAACUAACUAGCCUCUGAUUUUACAGGCUUAUAGGCAGAAGGGACUUGCCUUGUUUCAGAUGAGACUCUGGAGUGUGGACUUUUGAGUUAAUGCUGAAAUGAGUUAAGACUUUGGGGGACUGUUGGGAAGGCAUGAUUGAUUUUUAAAUGAGAGGACAUGAGAUUUGGGAGGGGCUAGGGAGAGAAUGAUAUGGUUUGGCUGUGUCCCCACCCAAAUAUCACCUUAAAUUGUAGCUCCCAUAAUUGUGGGAGGGACUUGGUGGGAGAUAAUUGAAUCAUGGGGGCAGUUUCUCCCAUACUGUCCUAGUGGUAGUGAAUAAGUCUCAUGAGAUCUGAUGGUUUUAUAAGGGGUUUCCCCUUUUGCUUGGCUCUCAUUCUCUCUUGCCUGCUGCCGUGUAAGAUGUGCCUUUUGCCUUCCACCAUGAUUGUGAGGCCUCCCCAGCCACAUGGAACUGUGAGUUCACUAAACCUCUUUUUCUUUAUAAAUUACCCAGUCUCGGGUAUGUCUUUAUCAGCAGUGUGAAAACAGACUAAUACACCACUCCUCUACCUUCUUUAUUUUCUCAGUAUGGAAAAUGCCUGAUGAAAGCUUUGGGGCCCUCACAGAUGCACAAUUCAAGUGCUGAUUCUAUCACUCAUCUACUAGCUCUGUGACCUUGAACAAGCUGCUUAACCUUGCUAAGCCUCUGUUUUCUCAUAUGUCAAAUGGUGAUAAUAAUGCCUACCUCCCGAGGUUGUUGUAAGAAUUAUAAGCACAAAUGUAUGUAAAGUGCCUGGCACAAAGUAGGUGCUCAAUAAAUGGUAGCUAUUAUAA